GCACACAGAAAAGACGAGACGAGCACAAGUUUCUUCCUCUUAACCAUGAAAGCAAAGCUGGAAAUCGUAGCCCUGGUUCUGGGCUUCCUUGGCCUGUUUGGGACAAUCACUGUAACUGCUCUACCAACCUGGAAGGUCUCAGCCUUCAUUGGGGCCAAUCUUAUCAUAAUGGAGGAGCUCUGGGAAGGCCUCUGGAUGACCUGCUACAGACAUAUUGACAUCAAGAUGCAGUGCAAGGUGUAUGACUCCCUGCUGGUUCUCCCGGUCGAGCUGCAGGCGGCGAGGGGAUUAAUGUGCGUCUCCAUUGCUCUGGUUUUCAUCGCCUUGAUUGUCACUGCCUGUGGAAUCAAGAGGAGCUACUGUUGUGGUGACAACAUGAAGAGCAAAAACAUCACUCUGGCUUUUGGGGGGUGUUUGUAUCUCCUUUCAUUUCUGACUACACUCAUUCCCGUCAGCUGGGUGGGUCACUCGAUUAUCAAACAGUUCUAUAAUCCAACAUUGCUGGAUGCUCAGAAACGAGAGCUGGGACAAGCAAUCUUCAUCGGCUGGGGAACUUCUGGUGUAUUGCUGGCCACAGGAAUCAUCCUGCUCUUCAGAUAUAGCAAACGGAGAACCAAAGAGGAAGACCACUACAUUGAUGCAUAUUUAAUGGAGGAAAAAAGUGCUGCAAAAGAUGACAGUGUAUACCUCGCCAAGGCAGGAUCCAGCUUCCAUAAAUUCCAAGAAUAUGUGUAAAUUAUUGUGAUUUUUUUUUUUUAAUGCUCAACAUUCAACCAAGGAGAAAACUCACGCUGGUUUGCACAUGACUUUAAAAGUGAAGGCUUCAGUGACUCGCACUUCUAGUCACAAAUAUUCUUUUUUAUACAAUUUCAUACACAAAAAAGUGUUGAUGUGUAUUUUUUGAUUAAUGUUGUAUCUCUGCAAGGCAAUUCAUUUGCUCUUUAAUUUGGAAAGCUCUUUUAAUUAUUUUAACUUUGGAUCUCUGGUAAAUAUUUAAUGCAAACAUAACUCACUAUACAUUAACAAAAAAAAGCUGUAAGUCAGAGUGCCGAAAUUUCUACUGAAAAUUAUUGUUUUAUGCUUUAUCCCCAGAAGAUCUAAUAUAAUAAGGGAAAAAAAAAAUAUGUUUUCUUAUAUGCUUUGUUUAAAAUUUGAUGCUGUGGUGUAUCUUACUAAGAUUUGAGUUUAUUUACUUAAUUUUUAACACUAACUUUGUAUUUAGUUAAGUAAUACGCCUGUUUUAUCUAAAUUUCAACAAUCUAGAUAGUAACAUUAGCUUACCAAAUGAAUUUAAUUAAAUAAGGACAAAGUAAUAUUGCUUUGGUCAACUGCACACAAACUCACAGGCACAAAUGGAAGCAGUCAAGCGUUUGUAUACUUGUUUACAUACACAUUUAAUCGGGAAAAUUCAGAGAAUAGACAUUAACUUCCGAAACACAGCACAUUUAUUAUCUGUAUAUUAUAACUAUACAUUCCUCUUUAUAAUAAAGAAAUAUCUGACAAGUAAGGUAUGUGUGUGUUUUCUCCAGGUGACCUCUGAGUUGUUUUGGUGGCAUUACACCCUCAGAGAAAUCAUGAACUGGACAUGAGAAAAAGAGUUUUCAGCAGAUCCAAUUUUAACCAUCCCCCUGUUCACCUUAGCUCCCUGACAUGCUGAGUCACCGGCUAAAGUCAGCUUCACAUGGAUGCGAAGUUUACAACCACUUUAAAUGUGAACAUAUAAACUGUGACACAUAAACCAUCAAGCACCAAAGAGUUUUAAUAGAAAAAAAAAGGAAAAUCAUUAGGAGAAGUCAAGAAAAUAAUAACUAAGGAUGGCCUCUUUUGCAAACGAGAGUGCUUUUUACCAGAACUUUAAGCAAUGUAAGCAUCUGAGUUGUAAAAUGUUGAUAUCUAUAGGUCAUUGUAUAUGUCAUUAUAUAUUUCACAAAUGCUGAAAUAAAUCUGUAGGAUAACACAGGAUGCAAAUGGAAUGCUAGCAAAACACUGGAGGAGAGCACAGACACAACCAGUUGCUUAAU